GUUGGAACCUCUCAUGCUUGCGAAGAUUUCAAGAACGUUGUCACGUUGAGGGAUUGCUACAACUGCUUGCUCUCCUGAUAUUCCAUAGUCACUAAGAACCUGUACAUAAAGCCAGAUCUUUCUCUUCUAAUUGGUCAGUAAUAGAAGAUGGAAAAACAUCACAAAGAAAUCUUGCGACGGCAUCGUGCCAAAUUAGCAGAGGAGAUGACACCGAAAUAUGUGUACCCACAUCUGAUUUCUAACAAUAUUUUCAAACCUUUUAUGAUAGAGGAUAUUGAAGCUGCUGGCAGUCGCUUUGAUCAAAACAACCAACUGUUGACUAGUCUAGAAAGCAGAGGAAAACAUGCAUUUGAAACAUUUGUUAAUGCCCUGUUUGAAUCUGGCCAAACUGACCUAGCUGAAUUGCUGAGACCUACAGGUCCAAUACAUGAACCUAGAUUAGUGGAUCCGGCUGCUGUUCCAUAUCAAGCUGGUGGCCCAGGUUAUGUUGCCCAGGCAACGCAACAAAACAAUGUCCAUCCUGUCUGGCCGGGACCAGGUCCUGGACUUAUCACAAAGCCAAUAACACCAUCUGCACCUGGUAAAGAGGUGACCGACUCGGAUGAGGUGUACAGAAUGAAAUCCAAACCAAGGGGACUAGCUUUUAUAUUAAACAACAAAACAUUUACUAAUGGGAUGAAGAAGCGAGAAGGUUCUGAUAUCGACUGUCGAAAUUUACAUCAUGUUUUUAAACAGUUAGGUUUUGAAGUACACAUAAAAGAUGAUCUGAUUGGAAAGGAGAUUCAUAGAGCAUUGGAUAAAUUUGCUGAAAUAGACCACACUAGUUAUGACUGCUGCGUAAUUGCAUUGCUGAGUCAUGGCGUCAAUGGCGCCAUCUAUAGUACAGAUGGAGAAUUACUGAAGGUUGAAGACAUCACAUCUAAGUUUAAUGGUGCUAAUUGUCCUAGUCUACGACGCAAACCAAAACUUUUUUUUAUUCAAGCCUGCAGAGGAGAGUCAUUUGACCGUGGAUAUGAUGCCAUGGAUGCAGGUAGGGUGGUUUCAUUGGAAGAUGGUAAAGAACCAGCCCGGAAGUCCCCUAGACUUGAAGAAACUGAAUCCAAAUUGUCACCAGAACAGCUGGUUGAGAAAAUGCUUGAUAUGGAAUUAGACAGUACAGAUGCAUUUGCUACAAAACAGACUGUGCCAAGUGAAGGAGAUAUGUUGUUAGCUUAUGCCACAGUACCAGGCUAUGUAUCAUGGCGUAAUUCUGAGCGGGGUAGUUGGUUCAUUCAGGCGAUAACAGAGGUGUUCUUAUCUAAAGCACACACAGAAGAUUUGCUGUCAAUGUUAACAAUGAUAUACUGCUGGCGUAAACUAGGUUCUCGUUCAGACAAAGGAAAAUCAACACAUUGGACAUCCUCCAAGGAGUGGACGGUUACAGAGUUUUUCCCAGACAACAAGAGGAGUUUAGUUGGUCCCAAACAGAUUGAAUGCAAUAUUGCUGGGUCUGUACAAUUGACUCUGGGACUUGCUGCAGUUGACGAGGCAAUACAGGACAGUACUUAUCGUAUAGCACGCCCUGAUAGUGGACCGACUUUCACACUUAACAUAUUAAAAUGCUGCUGCUGA